AUGGAAGGCAACAAAGAUCAAGAGGCAGAAGUAGAACACCUCCACAAAAAUGUUACUGACCAAUUCUCCACUCUCUUGUCAUCGCCGAACGAGGACACGCUGUCCAUCGCCUGGCUCAGAAACCUCCUUGACGUGUUCCUCUGCUGCGAAUCCCAAUUCAAAGACCUUCUUCUCACAGCGAGUCGCGACCACACGGUGAGCCUCGAUCGCCUCAUCCCGGAGCUCAUUGACCGCAUGGUCAAAUCACUUGAUAUUUGCAAUGCAGUUAGUGACGGCGUGGAGACCCUCAAAAACUUGCAGAGACUCGCACGGAUAGCGGUCUCUGCAUUGGAACAGAGGCCACUCGGUGAUGGUCAAGUUCGACGCGCUAAGAAGGCAUUGAACUCACUAGUCACGUCGAUGAUGAUUGAGGACAAUGAGAGAAUCAGUUCAUUUAAGCGAAAAGGGAAUUUUCCAUCGCUUUCUUCCAAUGUAGUAGCGCCACGCGGUGGAGAAUCCUCUGGCUUGGCUUUGCCUGUUUGCAUGAUGAGUGCCGUAUUGGUGUUUGUUAUGUGGGCUUUGGUUGCGGCCAUACCCUGUCAACAGAGAAACGGUUUGGGAACUUUGCCGCGGCAAUGGGGUUGGGUUCAGCCCAUGAUUGGGUUUCAGGAGAAGAUUUCGAAGAAGAAAGGGUCUGUGGGGCUUUUGGGAGAGAUUCAUGGGUUGCGAAAGCUGGGGCAGUCGUUGAUUGAGUUUGCCGAUUCGUUUCAGUUUCCGGCGGAGGCAGGGCGUUUGGAAGAGGUGAAGGCACAGGUUGAAGACUUGGCACAAAUUUGUAGGAAGAUGGAAGAGGGAUUGGAACCCUUACAGCAACAAAUUAGAGAGGUUUUUCAUAGGGUUCUGAGGAGCAGGUCGGAGUUUCUUCACGUGUUGGACCAGACCGCGAAAUUGUCUAUGCCCGCUGGCUAG